CAAUUACGGCAGCACGUGAAGGCAGCACUGCGCAGUGAGUGGCCCGGUGUCACACAUGGCUCCCCAGGCGGUCUGGCUCCUGGUCGCGCUGUCCGGUGUUCUGAAUGUGCGCUCCUGCUGGGCUUAUACCUGUCCGGCCAUCUGCCGCUGCAGCGCCGACACUUUUCAGUGCAGCAGAGACACUCAGCUGGCCUCUCGGGCAGGGACAACAUCAGUGUCUCGACUAAGGCUCACUCAUCUUCCCUUGAAAGAAGUCCCCACUCAUGCCUUCAAGGAGCUGAUCAACAUCACAAUAAUUGAGAUUUCCCAGAGCGACUGCAUCACACAGAUACAGAGACAUGCCUUCCUCUCCCUCCACAGCCUGGCGCAAAUUUCUGUGCAGAAUAUCAACAGUCUGAGGGCUAUUGAAAAAGGGGCCUUCACUGACCUGCCCAGACUGGAAUAUUUGAGCAUCACUAACACAGGAAUGGUAAACUUCCCAGACUUCACAACUAUCUCUUCCUUGGCACCAAAUGUUAUCCUAGAAAUGGCAGACAACAUGAGGAUCGACUUCAUUCCUGCCAAUUCUUUCCAGGGUAUCGCAGAGGAGUUUGUUGACAUGAACCUCUUUAGAAACGGCUUCAAGGAAAUUAAAUCUCAUGCAUUCAAUGGAACCAAGCUCAACACACUAAUUUUGAGAGACAACAGGUAUCUCAGUUACAUUCAAGAAGAUGCUUUUGAAGGAGCCACAGGUCCGAGUUCUCUGGAUGUUUCCUCCACAGCUCUGAGUUCCCUCCCACCUAAAGGGUUGAGGCAGGUGCGGUUCCUGAAAGCCAGCUCUGCCUUUGCUCUGAAGAGCCUCCCUCCUCUGGAAAGCCUGGCUGAACUGGUGGAGGCCGAGCUCACGUACCCCAGCCACUGCUGUGCCUUCCACACGUGGCGUCGAAAACAAAGGGAAAGUGCCUUAAAGAACUUCACAAAGUUUUGUGAUCUCAGCGAAACAGAAAUAGAGCCCAGUGCAGACGGCCUGAAUCUUAUUGAUGACAUCAACUUUCAGUACCCAGACCUGGAAUUUGAUUGUCUUAAAAGCCCCUUCGUCAAGUGCACCCCAAAGCCAGAUGCUUUUAACCCGUGUGAGGACCUGCUGGGCUUUCCCUUCCUGCGCUGUCUCACCUGGAUAAUUACAGCUUUCGCUGUAACUGGUAACCUGUCUGUUCUGGUUAUCCUGCUAGUAAGCCACCAUAAGCUAACCAUCUCCAGAUUUCUCAUGUGUAACCUGGCUUUUGCUGACCUGUGCAUGGGGCUCUACCUGAUGCUCAUUGCCUUCAUGGACCACUACUCCCGUCACGAGUACUACAACCACGCCACGGACUGGCAGACUGGGCCCGGGUGUGGCAUAGCAGGGUUUUUGACAGUGUUUGCCAGUGAGCUAUCAGUAUACACACUGACUGUGAUUAGCCUUGAACGCUGGCACACCAUCACCAAUGCCAUGCAUGUCAACAAGAGACUGCGGAUGCACCAUGUGGCAGCCAUCAUGGGGGCAGGCUGGGGCUUCUCUCUGCUGGUUGCCCUGCUCCCUCUUGUGGGGGUCAGCAGUUACAGCAAAGUGAGCAUCUGCCUGCCCAUGGACAUCAACACACUUGGCUCCCAGGUUUACGUGGUGGCUGUGCUCAUUCUCAAUGUUGUCGCUUUCAUUGUGGUCUGUUACUGUUACAUAUGCAUUUAUCUGAGUGUUCACAACCCAGAGCACUCCACUCGUCAUGGAGACACCAAGCUUGCCAAACGCAUGGCUGUGCUCAUUUUCACUGACUUUAUAUGCAUGGCGCCAAUUUCCUUCUUCGCCAUCUCUGCAGCCCUGUGUAUGCCCCUCAUAACUGUGUCUCACUCAAAGAUCCUACUCAUCCUUUUCUAUCCCAUCAACUCCCUCUGCAACCCUUUCUUGUACACCAUCUUCACCAGGGCUUUCAGGAAGGACGUGUGUGCGCUGCUGAGUCGCUGCAGCUGCUGCCACGCCCACCGACUUCUACAGGUCACAGAUUCUGGCUUCACACCUCACCUGUACGCAAAAAAUGUCCGCCAGAAAACCUCACUCGCUUAG